ACCAGACACGAGAGGCCACAAACUGAUUGCGUUUUUAUGACAUUCGGAAAACCCAAAACUACAGGAUCUGAACCCAUGAAGAACAGGCAGGAAAGGAAAAGAGGCAGAAAGGAACAUUCUGGAUAAUACCAGGUCGGUGUGGGUGGGGGCGGACGCACACAGACUUCAUCCUAACCUCACAACUCUCAACUCAGAGGAUGAAACAGGUUCACAGCACAGAGAAGCCACCCGCUCAAGCUCUCCCACGCACUGAGCAGGCCAAGGCGCCCACGCGGCCUGCGGUGCGAGCGCAGGACCUGGCCUCUGAGAGUUCGGCCUUAACGCCUGGGAACGCGCCGUUGGCGCCUCCAUUUCUCGCUGCCAUUUUGGAUGGGGACGCCCUGCCUGGCUCCGUCGCUGCCACGCAGGCUCUCUGCACAGUAGUCAGAGGGAGUGGCAUUCCGGGCCUCACCACAGCCGCUCGCCACGCCCUGCCAGCGCGUCCCGCAGAGUUGAGGGCGCUCUGAGGGAAAGCAGGCUGUGCCCCCAGCCGCCCAGCCCUAGGCCUGGCCGCAGGGCCCUCGAAUCUCUCCUCCGCCCUCAGGCCGCGUCCCCGCAGCGACCAGGCGGCGCCGGAAGUAGGGGCGCCGCGUGCAGCCAAUGCCUGCGCGGCGGUGCGACCCUGAGCGGUUAGUCCGGCGGCCGGGUCUUACCAGUCGGCGCGAGCCCCCGAGGGCCCCGUCUGGCGCGCCGUCGAGGGCCGCCUCGCCAGGCGUCCUUCCCAUUCCCUCGGCCCUCGGAGCCGGUUCUGGCGGCGCGGGGGAUUCCGCGGGCCUGACGCGCAGUCCCUGAGCGCUCAGCGAGUCCCGACCGCGCCGCGGAGAUGUGCUCGACGCCCGGGCUGCCCACGCCGGGGGCCUCCCUGGCUCUGCGGGUGUCCUUCGUGGACGUGCAUCCCGAGAUGAUCCCCGUGCAGCUCUGGGGACUGGUGGGCCCGCGGCGGGAGGAGUACGUGCGGCUGAGCAGGGAGAUCCAGGAGGCGGUGGCCACGCGUGGCCCGUGGGCGCUGAGCGGCACCGCGGCCUCUCCCGGAGAGCUGUGCCUGGUGCAGGUAGGGCUCCUGUGGCACCGCUGCCGCGUGGUCAGUCGGCAGCUGCAGGAGAGCCGCGUCUUCCUGCUCGACGAGGGCCGCACCAUCACGGUGGGCGUGGGCUCGCUGGCGCCGGGACGCAGCGAGUUCUUCCAUUUGCCCUCGGAGGUGCUGGGCUGCGUGCUGGCCGGCCUGGUGCCGAUGGGCAGCGGUGGCGCGGGCGGGGGCGAGCCACAGCACUGGCCGUCCAGCGCCGUGGACUUCCUUAGCAACCUGCAGGGCCAGGAGGUGCACGGACGGGUCCUGGACGUGCUGCUGCUCCAUCGCCUGGUUCUGCUGGAGGUGCCCAGUGUUUUCCAGCAGAUGCAGGAGCUCGGUCUAGCCCGGCAGGUGCCCGACAGCCUCUUCCGCUCGCUGCUCAAGCGCUAUCUCGCGGCGGCCACUGCUGGCCUGGGCUCCUGGGCCCCGGUUCUCCCGCGAGCCCUGCCCAAGCAGGAGCAGCCUGGCCUGGAUUACUUCUAUCCGCGGCUGCAGCUGGGUGUGACGGAGCCCGUGGUGGUUACCCAAGUGUGCCAUCCCCACCGCAUUCACUGCCAGCUCCGGAGCCUCUCGCAGGAGAUUCACCGGCUCUCAGAGAGCAUGGCCCAGGUAUACCGAGUGUCAACUGGGACAGGGGAUGAGAGCUCAACCAGUGCCACCUGGGAGGAGAGGGAGGAGAGCCCAGACAAGCCGGGCUCUCCGUGUGCGUCCUGUGGAUUAGAUGGUCAUUGGUACAGGGCACUCUUGCUUGAGACUUUUCGGCCCCAGCGCUGUGCCCAGGUGCUCCACGUCGACUAUGGAAGGAAGGAGUUAGUGAGUUGUAGUAGCCUUCGGUACCUGCUCCCUGAAUACUUCCGAAUGCCUGUGGUGACCUACCCUUGUGCGUUGUAUGGACUCUGGGACGGUGGCAGGGGCUGGUCUCGGUCACAGGUUGGUGACCUAAAGGCGUUGAUCCUGGGCCAGGCCGUGAAUGCGAAGAUUGAAUUUUACUGUUCCUUUGAGCACGUGUAUUACGUCACCUUGUACAGAGAGGAUGGGAUGGAUCUUAACAGUGUGUUUGGAGUCCAGGCGUGUUGCUUGGCUGACCGAUUGCUUCAGAGCCAGGGCAGAGAGGAGGAAGUGGAGGAGGAGGAGCCGGAAACGGCUGUGCAGUCUCAGUCUCCCGCCGAAGACAUGGACGAAGAGAUUUCCCUCCCCGCCUUACCGUUCAUCAGGUUGAAGAUGAAUGCCUUUUACGACGCCCAGGUAGAAUUUGUGAAAAGCCCUUCUGAGUUUUGGAUCCGGCUGAGGAAACACAGUGGCACUUUCUCCAAGCUGAUGAAGAGGAUGUGCAGUUUCUACUCCUCGGCCAGUAAGCUGGACGGUGUGGUUUUGAAACCUGAACCUGACGACCUUUGCUGUGUCAAGUGGAAGGAAAAUGGCUACUUCCGCGCCAUCGUCACCCGAUUGGAUGACAAGAGCGUGGAUGUCUUCUUGGUUGACCGAGGCAAUUCAGAAAAUGUGGACUGGUACGACGUGAGGAUGUUGCUUCCUCAGUUCCGGCGCCUACCGAUACUGGCUCUGAAGUGCACCCUGGCUGACAUUUGGCCUCUGGGGAAAACCUGGAGCCAGGAUGCGAUUUCCUUUUUUAAGAAGACUGUCCUCCACAAAGAACUAGUCAUCCACGUCCUGGACAAGAGGGAUCGCCAGUACGUCAUUGAGAUUCUUGACGAAUCAAGAACAGGGGAAGAGAACAUCAGUAAGGUCAUUGCCCAAGCCGGCUAUGCCAAGUAUCAGGAAUUUGAAACAAAGGAAAAGAUCCCAGUAAAUACCCACUCCCCAGGGCAUGUUUCAAACCAUUUUACUGCGGAUAACACCAAAGCCUUUUCUGCCAAGAAGGGAGAAGGAGACCAGAAGACCAAAAGAGAUAAUAAAGCCACGUGUGCGGCAGAAGCUUUGACCGAUGCAAAUGUUACAACCAACCUAGUUGUGCAGGAAAAAGAGGAAAGGACACCUGCUUACUCUUCUCUUACGGAGAAUUUCUUAGGACUUAAGACAGUCUCGUCUGGUACAGGAGAGCUCCAAGUCGGAAGCACAGUAGAAGUCAAAGUAUCUUAUAUUGAAAACCCUGGCCAUUUUUGGUGUCACUUCACCAGGAACAUACAAGCAUUUAAGACUCUAAUGUGUGAUAUUCAAGAAUAUUGCAAAAACACAGCUGUUCCUUACCAGGGACCCUCCUCCUCUUGUUUGGCAAAGCGAACAGCAGAUGGAAAAUGGUCCCGAGCUUUGAUUAGCGGGACACAAUCUUCAGAGAAUGUCAAAGUACUGUUUGUAGAUUAUGGAGACCAAGAAAUGGUAUCUGUGAAUGACAUUUAUUCAAUUAAUGAAGAAUUUCUCAAGGUUAAGGCCCAGGCUUUUAGGUGCAGUCUGUAUAAUUUAAUCCACCCAACUGGUGAAAAUCCCUUUGUUUGGGAUGAAAAGGCAAUACAAGCUUUUAGUGAAUUUGUAAAUAAUGCGUGGCAAGACAAUCUGGAGUUAAAAUGCACAAUAUUUGCUUUGGCCUCCAUACAUAAUGAAGAACUGUUUAGCAUCGUGGACUUGGUAACACCCUUUCAGAGUGCAUGCCAGUUUUUGGUAGAAAAGAGACUUGCAAGGCAAGAAAAAUGUCCGAAGCCCCUGGAGUUGUCUGUUCAGCUGCAUUCCUACUACUAUUCUACACAUGAUAUGAAAAUUGGAAGUGAAGAAUCAGUGUAUAUCACACAUGUUGAUGACCCUUGGACAUUUUAUUGCCAGCUGGCCAGAAAUGCACAUAUUUUGGAACAGUUAUCACAUAGUAUUACCCAGUUGAGUAAGAUUUUGCUGAGUUUAAAAGUGUCUCCCUUGAUCCCUGAUACUCUGUGCCUUGCUAAGUAUACCGAUGGAAACUGGUAUAGAGGGAUAGUAAUUGAAAAAGAACCAAAUAAAGUCUUCUUUGUUGACUUUGGGAACAUUUAUGUAGUAGCAAGUGAUGACCUGCUUCCAAUACCUAGUGAUGCCUAUGAUGUCUUACUUUUGCCCAUGCAAGCUCUUAAAUGCUCAUUAUCUGAUAUUUCUGAUCACAUUCCAGAAGAAGUGACAACAUGGUUUCAGAAGACUGUUUUAGAUAAGUCACUUAAGGCCUUAGUUGUAGCAAAAAGUUCAGAUGGAAGACUGAUUAUAGAACUAUAUGAUGAUGGUAUUCAAAUUAACGCUAGUGUUAAUGAAAAGGUAGGACUCCUUGGUUGCAAAGUCAGAACAAAGGGGAAAAAAGCUGAAGCACUCCUUUGUACUGCUGAAGCUCCUGGAGAAAGAAAUAAAAUUUUGAAGUUUUCCCCUACAGAAAUUUUAAGUAACUCAGUUCAGAACAAAUCACAGAGUAGAGAGAUUUUGGGAGAACCAUACAGACCUAAGAUCAGCUCAGCGUGUAAGGAGCUCAAACUUUUACAAAAUUCAACAAAGACAAACUUAGUCACCCAAAUUCAGGACCCUGUGGGAAGUAAGAAUAAUCAUAUAUUCCCAGUAGCAAGAGAAAAGAAAGAAGACAUUUUUGCGGAGCUGCCUUUGAAAGCCACAAAAGUAGAAGCUGCUCUUUCAGAGAGAAAAAUAGGAGAAUCACGCAACAAGGACUUGCCUCUAAAAUUUUCUCAGUUCCCACAGAAAACUGUAAUGCCUGGCUUUAAAACAACUGUAUAUAUUUCACAUAUCAAUGACCUUUCAGACUUCUAUGUUCAGUUAACAGAAGAUGAAGCUGAAAUCAAUCACCUUUCAGAGAGAUUAAAUGAUGUUAAAACAAGGCCUGAAUAUUAUGCUGGUCCCCCCUUGCUAAGCGGAGAUAUGAUAUGUGCCAUUUUUCCAGACGACAACUUAUGGUAUCGUGCCGUGGUCAAGGAACGGCAACCUAAUGAUCAUCUGUCUGUACAAUUCUUAGAUUAUGGCAACGUUUCUGUGGUCCCUACUAACAAAAUAGGCAGACUUGACCUCACUAAUGCAAUAUUACCAGGACUGUGUAUCCGUUGCUCUCUAGGAGGCCUUUGGGUCCCCGACAUUAUAAACUGUACGGAGAUGAUGCAUUACUUUUCCCAGCGGACUGAUGAGGCUCAAAUCAGAUGUGAAUUUGUUAAAUUUCAAGACAGAUGGGAAGUUAUUCUUGCUGAUGAGCAUGGCGUUAUAGCAGAAGACCUGAUUAGCAAAUAUGCUUUCAGUGAAAAAUCUCAACUAGGACUUUCUACCCAAAUAAUUAAAGGUGCCUGUUCAAAGUCCGACAAUUCUGACAUUGACACUUCAGUCUUCCUUAACUGGUAUAAUCCAAAAAUGAAGGUGGUGAGAGCAUAUGCCACUGUAAUAGAUGGGCCUGAGUACUUCUGGUGUCAGUUUGCUGAUACCAAGAGACUUCAGUAUUUAGAAGUAGAAGUACAAACUACUGAGAAACAGAUAACAGAUCAGAGAAAUUGUGUACCACAUCCCCACAUUGGCGACCCUUGCAUAGUGAAAUACAGAGAAGAUGGGCAUUAUUAUAGGGCCCUUAUCACUAAUGUUUGUGAAGAUGAUCUUGUAUCCGUUAGGCUGGUGGACUUUGGAAAUGUUGAUGACUGUGUGGACCUGAAAGCAGUCUGGAGCAUUCCUUCUGAACUUCUCUUAGUUCCCAUGCAAGCUUUUCCCUGCUGCCUCUCAGGAUUUAACAUUUCAGAAGGUGUAUGCCCUCAAGAAGGAAAUGACUAUUUUUAUGAAAUAGUAACAGAAGAUGUAUUGGAAAUAACAAUAUUAGAAGUUAAAAGGGAUGUUUGUGAUAUCCCUUUAGCCAUUGUUGACUUGCAGAGCAAAGGCGAAAGUAUUAAUGAGAAAAUGAAGAAGUAUUCUAGGAUUGGUCUGACUAAGAGUGAUCUGCCCUAUGAAAACAGUGGCCCAGAGAUAAAGGGAGCUCAUGAGUCUCCCAGUCCUGAUGCUGGACCUAAGAAAUUGAGUACUAAAGCUGUACAAGACAAAGCAUGCUUUGUGCGACCACAGACAGAGGAGCUCUCUGAAAGCAUUGAAAAUGAUUUAAACAUUAUUGAAACCAAACCAAGUAAACUCUGUAAUGCUGAAACUGAAAAUAUCUUCGAAGCUUUUGAAAAGACAUGCAAAGAUAAAAUUGGCACCAAGGUACUGGAAGGUAAAGUAGAGCUCCACUCGGCUGACAAAGCAAAGUUUGAGGAUGAAUAUAUUCUUACAGGAUUUAGCACGUUAUUACCACAUGCUAGCAAAACAAAGGAUAUAUUAGAGCUGAACUCACUUGAGGUACCACUUUCUCCUGAUGAAGAAUCAAAGGAAUUCUUAGAACUAGAAUCCAUCGAGUUGCAGCAUUCUCUAGUCGGAGAUGAAGAAAAAGAGGAGCUAGGACUGGUGCCUCCAGUCGCGCCUGUCUUGGAUGGCUGUGGCCCAGAAAGUCCCCUAGAACCAUUUGAGGUGGAGCUUCCCCUCACCUGUGAAGCUGAGAGGCAGGAGGAACUGGAACUGCCUAUAGCCCAGCUGUCUCAAGAUGACAAAAUAAAUCCUUUGUCUUCAAGCAUCAGUCAGAAAGCCCAAGAAUCCAGGAGUGCAGAGGACACAAGAAACCCAAGUUGUGCGGAAUCUUUUGAUGACCAGCAGGGGAUGCCAUUACAUCUACCUGGAAAGAAUUGUGACCCCCAAAUGCAGAUUGAAAUAAGUACACAUAAAGAAGAAUUUGCUGACUAUGAAAACAGGGAUGCCAUCUCCUCACUGAUCCCUUUGUUCCCUAAAGAAGACCCCCCUAGUGAGAGGAAGCACAGUGCUCUACCAGACUGUGUUUCAGCUCAACCACAGAACAUUUUCAGUCUGAAAGGGUUUACUGUUGGUUCCAAAUGUGUUGUAUGGUCAACUCCAAGAAACACCUGGUCUAAAUGUGAGAUUUUGGAAAUAGCUGAAGAAGGCACAAGAGUUUUAAACCUUUCCAGUGGUAAGGAGGAGAUAGUGAACCCUGAGAAUGUCUGGAAUGGCAUACCUAAAUUAGAUAAAUUAGAUAAUAGUCCAUCUGAGGCUGUGUUCCACACAGUGGGGAAGGACCCUUACUUCACAUCAUCAGAUGAUGCUGCUGCAGUUAUGGAAAAGGAGUCUGGAGGUGAUGUGGCUUUAACUCUGGAUCCAUAGACAAGGACAUUCAGCCAGAAGCUGCUCUUCCACUACUAGCUUCUUACCCAGACCAACAGAGUAUCUGGGAGAAUUCCAAGUGUGUAGCCAGAGGACAUCGUCACUCUUGAAAAUCGUUAUCUGCAUCAAAGACAGAAACGGGCUCAGGUCAACCAUGUAGCUUAGUUGUAAAGGUGCUGUGGUAUACAUGGAUUCAGGAUCUUUCUUCUGCCUUUAAUCAUCUUUGUAAUCAGUCGGAAACACUUAUUUUGCUAAAUAAUUUUACUAACAUAUUACUCGCAUUUCAAAAAAAUCUGUUUUAUGCUUAGGAUAUAGUGUUCAAAUUAAAAUAGAAUAUAGGUCCGUUGCAAGUACAUUCUAGGACACUACUUAGGAUGGCUUUGCUGGCAGUAGCUCCUUCAGAAUUUUUGUUUUGAUUUUGAAGAGUUGCCUUGUCUAUCUAGUUAAAGCACUUGAUGAAUGCUCUGUUUAACUUGGAGGUACUCUAACACGAUACAGAUUUCAAUAAAGUUUUUCCUUCAAGGGAUGAUAGUCUCAUUUCAUUAAAAAGAAAACAACACUCUUGAGUAUCUCUGAUUCCAUCUCUUAUCUAUUACUGGAGAUGGGGGGGGCAUGGUAAUAUAAAACGUUGGCCUUUAUGUGUAAGUCACUCAGCUGAUACCGUAAAUACAUUUUCUAAUUUCAGUCAUCAGCUCUGAGGUACAUAUUAAUAUUAUCCAUAUUUUAGGUAAGAAAAUUAAAGCUUUUUUGAGAAGUUAAAUAAUUUUUCUAAGGUCUUAUAGCUAGUGAAUAGCAAAGGCUUGGGCAAUCCAACUUCAGAUCCAUCUAACUUCAAAGUUUAUGCUCUUAAACAUAGUUUUGUAGGAACUGUAAAUCCUAGCCUUUGGAAACAGAUCUUAGCUAUAUCUGCUUCUUAGAUGUGUGACUUAGGAGGUUAUAUGGUAUCUUUGAGCCUUGAUCUUCCUCAUCUGUAUAAUGGUGAUAACAAAACCUUUAUUGCUAUAUUUUUUAAGAUCAGAAAUAGUUUAUUCAAAGUGUUGUAAAAAAAAAGUAGGUACUUGGUAAAUGUUUCUUUUUUGAAAAAUACUCAUUGUACACUUUGCUGUUUUUUUCCCCCACCUUAAAUCAUUGGAUAGUUUCAGAAAUUAUUAUUUUCUUUUUGCAUUCAUAUAUGCCACAAAGGAUUGUAAAAUUACCUUGGAAUGGGGCAUCAGUACAAUUAUUUCAAUGUUUCUGAAACUAAUAAGAAGGAGGUUUGCCAAAUGAGACUAAGGGAAAGAUCUGUGUGUAUGAAACAUUAUCAGAUGCUGAAGCUUAAUGGGAAGUGAGAAUAAACAGUCUUAAAAAUUGGUGUAAUUUCAAUAAAGUAGAAAAGGAGAGGGGACUGUCAUGAAGGUACAUGAGUUGGAUAACUAUAUUGCAUGGCCCUGGGAUAAUGAAUAUUGGAGAUGGGUUUGGCACACUAAUGUAGGAGCUAUGAUUGUCAAUUACUAGGAGAAAAGGUCAGUCAGGGUGCUUUAGGGUCAGAUAAUGGAAAACCUUCAGUUUCAAGCUAAGGAGUUAACUUCCUAAUUAAAAAUUGUAACCUGAAUGGCUACACGAAAGGAGAAGUUCACUUUCUCAGAGUAAGUGUUUUUGUACCUAAAGCCACUGAGGCAUGCCUGAGAUGCCAGAUGGGUAAACACAGGCAUAGAAAUCAGAAUAGGAAAGUUAUCAAGGCUGGUUUACUAGGUACUGAGUGUCCUUGUUCUCACGGGCUAAAGUAAAUUGUGGAGAAUUCAUAGAAACAGGACAUACUUAGACUAACACAUGUACUUUACUAAUGAAUAGCGUAGAUUUUAUAUCCUUUGGUAAACCCCAAAUCAUCUCCCAUGAUCCCCAGAUGUAUACAAGAUUUUCUUGCUUCAGAUAUUUUUAGGGCGAACAUGACACAUACUUC